UGGCUGCCUCCAUAAACGCAAUGCUGCUUUAAGCUGAUUGUGCGAGAUCAAUUCUGUAUUAGAUCCUUUAGCAAUAGACAUCGAUAAGACCAAAGAAAAACUGACAGAACCAAAUCGAAGACAUGAAGACAUUCUGUGGGCGUGCGAACCCGACUACGGGUGCGUUGGACUGGGUAGAGGAAAGCGAAGAGUAUGACUACCACCAAGAAAUAGCCCGGUCUUGCUAUGCAGACAUGCUCCAUGACAGAGACAGGAAUGAGAAAUACUACCAGGGUAUUCGGGCAGCGGUGGCGCGUGUGAAGGCACGGGGUGAGCAAGCCGUGGUUCUGGACAUUGGAACUGGAACCGGGCUGUUGUCUAUGAUGGCUGUUAGUGCUGGAGCCGACUACUGCUAUGCUGUGGAGGUCUUUAAGCCCAUGGCAGAGGCUGCUGUUCGCAUUGUGGAGAGGAACGGAUUCAGUGACAAAAUCAAGAUCAUCAACAAACACUCAACUGAAGUCACACUGGGGCCAGAUGGUGACAUGCAGACCCGUGCCAACAUCCUGGUCACCGAGCUGUUUGACACCGAGCUGAUUGGGGAGGGAGCCCUGCCUAGCUAUGAGCAUGCCCACCUUCACCUUGUACAGGAGGGUUGUGAGGCCAUCCCUCACCGCGCCACUGUGUAUGCGCAGUUGGUGCAGUCGGAGCAGCUCUGGAGCUGGGCACAGCUGCUCCCCAUAGAUGUGGAAGGCCACAAGCUCCUGCCCCCGCCUGCGGUCGGCCGGUGUGCAGGAGUGCCCUCUGUCUGUGACAUCCAGCUCAGCCAGGUGCCCCAACACGCUUUCACCCCGCUGGGACCCCUCUGCACCAUGUUCAGUGUGGACUUUAGCCGGCCGGUCAGCAGCGCUGCUCAGACCCACUCGUGCAAGUUUGAGGCCUGGGCCAGCGGUCAAGCCCAGGUGGUUCUGUCCUGGUGGACCAUCGACAUGGACCCAGACGGCACCAUCGUCUGCAGCAUGGCUCCAAGCUGGACCUACCAGGAGCCCAAGUCUUUCCCUUGGCGGGAUCACUGGAUGCAGAGCGUGUACUUCCUGCCUGCGGAGCAGAGAGUGACAGAGGGGGAGGAGCUCAGCCUGAUCGUCUCCCACGACGACUACAGCCUGUGGUACAAUCUGCACUCACACAGUCAGCAGGGCAGCGGCAGUGACUUAGCCCUGUGUCGGCCAUGCUGCACCUGCCAAGCCCACUUGGUGUGGACACGCCCACGCUUUGGGGAGCUGAACGACACCCAGAGGACAGAGAGCUACACCCGGGCUCUGCGCAGUGUUGUGAGGCCUGAUAGCGUGUGCCUCGGGGUGAGUGACGGGAGUCUGCUGCCCAUCUUUGCUCAUCUGCUGGGGGCCAAAAAGGUGUUCAGUUUGGAGAGCUCCGGCAUGUCCAAGCAGGUGAUAGAACAGGUGCUGGAGGCCAACAGCCUGAGGGGUGGGGUGCAGGUGCUUGGGAUGCGGCCUGACCAGCUAACUGCGGCGGACCUUGGAGGGGAACAGGUGUCUCUGCUGGUGGGAGAACCAUAUUUCAGCACCAGUCUGCUGCCCUGGCACUCCCUGUUCUUCUGGUACUGUCGGACUGCGCUGGCCCAACUUCUGCGAGCCGACGCCACCAUCCUGCCCCAAAGCGCCACACUCUGGAUGGCAGCCGUGGAGUUCCGGGACCUCUGGAGAAUCCGAGCUCCGUGUGGCUCCUGUGAGGGCUUUGAUGUUCAGCCCAUGGACGAGAUGGUUCAGCGCUCUUUGGAUUUCCGGGAGUCUCGCGAAGCAGAGCCACACCCUCUGUGGGAGUACCCCUGCCGCGCCCUAACCCAGCCCUGCCCUGUCAUGACCUUUGACUUCCGGCAGUGCGUCCCUGAACAGCCAGUCAGCAGCCAGGGAUCUGCUCCUCUUGUGAGGAGGGGCCGUUGCCAUGGGGUGGUUUUGUGGAUGGAAUACCAGUUAACCGAUGACAUCACAGUGAGCAUGGGUCUCACCAGGCCAGUCAGCGAGCAGGGUGCCUGUGAAUGGAAUCCCCAUCGGAAACAGGGCGUAUAUUUCUUCAGUUCCUCCUAUGAAAGCAUCGGGGAUGGACGAGACACAGUGUCCUAUAGCCUGACCUUCGACCCCAGUAACGGUGAUAUUAGAAUGGACUUCUCUGCAUCUAUGCGUCAGUGACCCUUGACCCCCAGCACUGCAGGCUGAAGAAUGUCCCAGCAGAGCCAGUGUAUUGGACAUGGCCUGUUUUAUUCCAUGUCACCAUAAGACUAUCUUUUCAACUGUUUCAUAAAAAAAUACCCUAAUCUGGAGACGUUCAUUACAUGGGCUAUAUUCAAAAAUUGUGAUUGUUGUGGGUCUGGCAGCACGGUCUUCUCAGCAUUUCUGAAAGCAGGCAUUACCUGAUAGGGGCAGCUGGCCCAUCAGAGGGUAACACUGCAGGACAGAUGACAUGAUAGGUCAUGAUUGCUUUUUUUGUUUUUUUCCUCAUCGUGUUUACAAAGGAGGCGGGGCUUUAUUUCAGGGGCUUUAUGUCAGUGUAACAUAAGGGAGAUGGCCCUUAUACAUUCCGCUGGAAACUUUAGCCUGAGAACCAUUCUGGGUCCCUCUGCUUUUCUGAUCCAGCUCCCCCACAAGGCUGCACAUGAGGGAAGGUCAAUCCUGUAGCCCCAUAGCAAGGUAAAUACAGUUCCACUACUGACCAAAUCUACAGCCAGACACUAGGGUCAAUAGUUUCAGUGCUGACAGAAAGUGCUAACAGUUACCAGUUUAAAUACUGUUCCAGUACUGUGAAACUACAGCUAGAUUCUGACAGUUACACCCUAUAGUUACAGCUUACACUUACACUUAGGACUAAGUAAAUAUAUUUUGAAUACAGCCAAAACGCCACUGAAUACCAUCAAGCUGACUUAAGUGUUAGUCUUUUCCCCAAGUCCAAG